GGUGGACAAGUCCUAUUUUCAAGAGAAGAUGACUUUUAACAGUUUUGAAGGAUCUAAAACUUGUGUACCUGCAGACAUCGAUAAGGAUGAAGAAUUUAUAGAAGAGUUUAAUAGAUUAAAAACUUUUGCUAAUUUUCCAAGUAGUAGUCCUGUUUCCGCAUCAACACUAGCACGAGCUGGUUUUCUGUAUACUGGUGAAGGAGACACCGUGCGGUGCUUUAGUUGUCAUGCAGCAAUAGAUAGAUGGCAAUAUGGAGACUCAGCAGUUGGAAGACACAGGAAAGUAUCCCCAAAUUGCAGAUUUAUCAAUGGCUUUUAUUUUGAAAAUACUGCUGCACAACCUACAAAUCCAGGUAUCCAAAAUGGUCAAUAUAAAGCGGAAAGCUACCUGGGAAACAGAAAUCAUUUUGUUUUAGACAGGCCAUCCGAGACUCAUGCAGACUAUCUUUUGAGAACUGGACAGGUCGUAGAUAUUUCAGACACCAUAUACCCGAGGAACCCUGCCAUGUAUAGUGAAGAAGCUAGAUUAAAGUCAUUUCAGAACUGGCCAGACUAUGCCCACUUGACCCCAAGAGAGUUAGCCAGUGCUGGACUCUACUACACAGGUAUUGAUGAUCAAGUGCAGUGCUUUUGUUGUGGUGGAAAACUGAAAAAUUGGGAACCUUGUGAUCGUGCAUGGUCAGAACACAGGCGACACUUUCCUAACUGCUUCUUUGUUCUGGGCCGGAAUGUUAACAUUCGAAGUGAAUCUGAUGUUGUGAGUUCUGAUAGGAAUUUCCCAAAUUCAACAAAUGUUCCAAGAAAUCCAGCCAUGGCAGAUUAUGAAGCACGGAUCAUUACUUUUGGGACGUGGAUAUACUCAGUUAACAAGGAGCAGCUUGCAAGAGCUGGAUUUUAUGCUUUAGGGGAAGGUGAUAAAGUAAAAUGCUUUCACUGUGGAGGAGGGCUAACUGAUUGGAAGCCCAGUGAAGACCCUUGGGAACAACACGCUAAGUGGUAUCCAGGGUGUAAAUACCUGUUAGAAGAGAAGGGACAAGAAUAUAUAAGCAAUAUUCAUUUAACCCAUUCACCUGAGGACUCUAUGGUAAGAACUGCUGAAAAAACACCAUCAUUAACUAAAAGAAUUGAUGAUGCCAUCUUCCAAAAUCCCAUGUUACAAGAAGCUAUACGAAUGGGAUUUAGUUUCAAGGACAUUAAGAAAAUAAUGGAGGAGAAAAUUCAGACAUCUGGGAGCAACUAUAAAUCACUUGAGAUUCUGGUUUCAGAUCUAGUGAGUGCUCAGAAAGACAAUACACAAGAUGAAUCAAGCCAGACUUCAUUGCAAAAAGAGAUUAGUGCUGAAGAGCAGCUAAGGCUCCUGCAAGAGGAGAAGCUUUGCAAAAUCUGUAUGGAUAGAAAUAUUGCUGUGGUUUUCAUUCCUUGUGGACAUCUGGUCACUUGUAAACAAUGUGCUGAAGCAGUUGACAAAUGUCCCAUGUGCUACACAGUCAUUACUUUCAAGCAAAAAAUUUUUAUGUCUUAAUCUAACUCUACAGUUAGGCGCAUUAUGUUCUUCUCAUUACCCUGAUUGAGUGUGUGAUGUGAACUGACUUUAAGUAAUCAGCACUGAAUGCCAUUAGCAUUUGCUACCAAGUAGACAAAAUGUAAACUACAGUGUUCUAGUUCGUAAUCUAAAAUUUGAAUUUCAGGAUUUUGGGGGAUAUUAGCUAUGUUGUAUAUCUUUUUUUUUUUACUGUUAUUUAAUUGAAAUCUAGACUAAGAAGCAUAUUGUAACUGAUCACAAUGUGUAUUUGUAGUACACUAACUUAGUUUCUAAGUGUAAGUGAAUUAAUCAACUGAAUUUUUCAUUCUUUUCAUAUAGGCUUAACAAAUGGAGCAUUCUGUGUAAACGUGGAGAUUAAUCUCCCCAAUCACAUAAUUUGUUUUGUGUGAAAAGGAAUGAACUGUUCCACACUGGUGGAAAGAUACAGAUUAUUUUUAGAUGUUUGUCUUUGUGUUUUAGGAUUUUGUCCAUUCUCUUUUAAAAUUAUACACACGUGCUUGGGUGGGUGAUUGUAAAAAAUGAUUUUGCCAUUGUUAAAAGGGUAUUUAAGGAUAGAAUACCAUCUAGCCAACAUGUACUGACAUGGAAAGAUGUCAAAGAUAUAUUAAGUGUAAACUGAAGUGGCAAAACACUGUGUAUAGAAUGAGUCAGAUGAAGGUGUGUGUGUUUUGUAUAUGUAUAGAACAAAAGAUUUGGACGGAUAAAGCACCAAACUGUUAAAUGUGGUUUCUCUUGGGUGGGGGCGGUAGGGCCCAGAGGGGGGUUGCAGGGGCCUUUCACUUUCUACUUUUUCAUUUUGUUCUGUUUGGAUUUUUUAUAAGUAUGUAUUACUUUUGUAAUCAGAAUUUUUAGAAAGUAUUUUACUGAUUUAAAGGCUUAGGCAUGUUCAAACGCCUGCAAAACUACUUAUUGCUCAGCUUUAGUUUUUCUAAUCCAAGAAGGCAGAGCAGUUAACCUUUUUGGUGCCAAUGUGAAAUUUAAAUGUUUUUAUGUUUUUCCUGCUUUGUGGAUGAAAAAUAUUUCUGAGUGGUAGUUUUCUGACAGGUAGACCAUGUCUUCUCUUGUUUCAAAAUAAAUAUUCCUGAUUUUGU